UUUGAAGUCCGUUUCCUGUGCCUGACAGUCGGCGCGCGCAAGUCAAAAUCGAGACGGCGGUUAGCUAAGCUAAGCUAAGCUAAAUCGCCUCAGGAAGCUAACAAGCUAACUAACCCACUCACCGUGAUUAAUACCUUCACUCAGCGAGAUGGUUGACGGUGCUUCAUCUGGUGAACAACACGCAGAUUUUGGUCGUGAAAGUUUACAACUCAACAAGGAUUUAGAGAAAAUGACAGAACAAAUGGAGAAUGUUUCAGUGCAUUUGACUUGGAUGGCUUAUGAUAUGGUCGUGCUACGGACCAACCCUCAGCUCGCAAAAUCCCUCAGGAGGUUGGAGGAUGAAUACCUUAAAUGUAAAGCUGUUAUCUGCAGCUCUGCAGACAAGGACAAUGCUGCUGUCCAUUCUGUGACUGGAGACCAGGAGGCAGCCCAGGAUUAGACAGAUGUUCAUUUGUUUCUGUACUCAGACUGCUGUUUGCAGUGUUAAUUUAUAGGGAUGCAUUCAAAUUGACAUGUUUGGCUGAAACAGUUUUUUUUAGGUUUCUGGCAAAACAGAAAUAGCCAAAAUGUUUUUUGUCUUUCUUUACAAAAUAAAAUUAAUUACAAAAGUACAAUUAAAGAAAUUAUUUAAAAUUUAAUAAAAUUUAUUGAAAACUUAACAUGUAGUAUAGAUUAUUCAUUAAUUCACAAAAUUAUUCAAUAUUUACAUGGCAUCCUUAAUAUCUUUUCAUUAUUUCUGUUUAAGUAUCCUUAAGUAUGUGUUGGUCAUUUUUUCUUCUUGCUUAUAGUAUAAAAUGAUAUAAAAAUGUUGAAGUGUAAUCAUUGUUAAUGUAGAAACCAAUAAAAACUGAGGAUUUAACCACAGUC